AUGUCCUCAACGGUGUUGAGAGCGGUGUUUACCGAAUCCUGGCGGUACGCGGGAUGGACGACCGCCCAAGAGUCCGCCGCCGGCGGCGUUGUCGGUGGGGACGGAAACCUCGUCUUGUGUGGCAAGAGCAAUGGGCUCGCGUUCAACCUCGACGAUGACACCGCCACGUCGACGUCCAGCGCUGACUUCUCGGCUGUCAAGCUGGACGGGGAUUCGGGCGAGACGCUGUGGACGUGGGUGGACUCGUCCUUGCAGGGAGCGGAUUGGAUGACAUCGGCGGGCGCUGAUAGCGCGAGCAAUGUGAUCCUAGGAGGUUUCACCAAUGGCGAAUGGGGUACUUCCAAUCUGGACGGUCUUCGAGACAUCGCCGCCGUAAAGCUCGACGGCGAAGCGGGUACAGAGGUGUGGCGGUACCAAGCCGCGGCGUCGACGUCCUCGUUCGGAGGGUACGGUGUUAGCUACGUGCUCGGGGUCGCUGUAGACAGCACUGACCACCCGGUGUUGGUCGGGACGACGUACAACAACUUGGUGGACGGCGUGGGCGUCCCGGGAGACUGGGACUUCUUCGCGAUCAAGCUCGACGGGAUGACGGGGGGCGAGCUGUGGAGAGUGCAGGGAGGGGUCGCGUUCACUCGGGAGGGUCUUCUGGGCGCGAAGGUGGAUUCGUCAGGGGAUCUGGUGGCGGCUGGCUACGCCGCAAACGAAGACGCGAGCGAGCUCAACUUUCUCGUCGUAAAGCUGAGCGGGUCUGAUGGCUCCGUGCUGUGGGAGUACGCGCCGUCUGCGGCUAGCGGUGGCGUUUUUCACUCCGUGGACCUGGACGACAGGAACCACGUGUACGUCGCUGGAGGCGAGGGCGCCCCGAACUUCCAGGGAAAGGUCGGGACAACGGCCGUGGUUCUCAAGCUUGACGGGGAGUCCGGCGUGGAGAGGUGGUCCUACCGGGGGACAGGCGGGGACGGGAUAAUGCUUAACAGCGUCGCGGCGGACCCGAUCACCGGCUGGGUCGUUGGCGCCGGAGGAGCUCAGGGCAACUGGGUCGAAGGAGCAAGCGUGGGCGGCUUCGAUUACGCCGCCGUCGUCCUCGACGGGGACUCUGGAGCCGAGCUCACCAGAUGGCAAGACGGGACCUUGGGCGACGACGUCUUGGAGUUCGUUGAGUUCGACAUCAGCGGGGAGUUUUUCCUGGGGGGCUUCUCGACGGCGGCCUGGGUGGGCGGGACCGGGGACGACGAGGACGUCGUGGCCAUGAAAUUCGAGCGCCUGGCAUCCACCGUGGCUCGCACGGACGCUCCGUCGUCGGCGCCGACCCCCAGCCCCACCGCCGGGCCCACCUAUUCCCCCUCGCCCCCGCCCACGCUUCCGCCGUCACUUCCACCCACGAUACCACCGUCACCUCUGCCCACCGCACCACUUGUGCCUUCGCUAUCGCCUACGCGUGGGUCGACUGCGGCACCCGCGACCGCUGUUCCCCCGUUCGCAGAAACACCAUCUCCUUCGGCGGCGGCGCGAGAUGCCACGCUGCUCACCGCGGCCCCCGCCGUUGCAUCUGCGGAGGCAGUUGACGGGUCCGGGUCGUCGGAGGCGCUCGAAAAUUGGGCCGUCGGGACGAUCGUUGCUGGGGGUGGGCUGUUUCUCGCGCUGCUGGCGCUAUCCCUACAGGUUCUGCCCGUACCGAGUACCAAGCCACAGCGCAUGGUUUUCGUCGACGUGUACCCCGAAGAGGACGAAGACGCGAAAUUUACCUCGCGGGAUGAGGAGGGGGCUGAGUUAGGGGGGACCAAGUUGGUGGGAUCUAAUUUAGUGAGUGUCAAGAAGGUGGGAGACAAUCUGUCAUGAUAAGGGAUGGCGUUGUUGCAGUGCCCCACAUGGUACCGUAGCGACAGACGUGAUAUCAUAGCAAGCAGUGAGGGGUGUGUGUUUGCCCUCACCCCCUGCUCAUAUUGGUAGUGGAAAGAGACGAUCUGGCCACGGGUUGUGGGAGACGAGACAGAAUUGCUGUAGGAGUUUUUUUCAAAAGGAUGUAAACUGUGUAGAAGGUGCCACUGCGUAGAGAAUUUCCAAAUGUUCGGGAAGUUUGUCUAAUUUUGUGAAUAAGUAAACCAUAUACCACCGCAGCUCCCAACGGUGGUUCGUAAGUGUGGCUUUAUGGUUAAAAAGUGUGGCAAGUAACGCAAAACCUGGUUGUUUGCUACCCCCCCCCAUGCCGAUUACAUGAUUCUUGGCUUCCUUCAACGUUUCAGCUGCCCUUGGGCUUCGCAUGUUCCGUAUACCGUAUAUGACACAAGAUAACACACCCCCUGGACCGAUUUUCAAAGCUCGAUUACUCCACGACGAAGAGGAUGCAUAAACAAAACGAUACAUUUUCGAAAAAUUCUCGACGAGACGGUUUCAACGCCGCCGUUUUCGGCGCUGUGCCUGUUCCUGCAGUUAAGAAAUCGAUCUUCGAAAAUUGGUCAAGGGGGUGUGUUAUCUUGUUUCAUAAACGGUAGUCGUUCCUGCCCGUAGCACAGAGCAAGAUAUUUUGUACCGGCUGUUUCCGUCCUUGUUCGACAUGCGAUUCGUGGCGGCGUGUAAUUUGGUUCCAAACUAUAGCUGUGUCGAUCCGAAAACAAUCGACCUGGCUGGAAACCUGAUCGCUGACGUGUAUAGUUCUUUUGCAUGUUUUUACUUCGGUAGAUUCGUUUGUUGAGUGAGACGUUUGUCCAGGCGGGAUGUGAAAAGGUUUGGUUUCUAGUCGGAAGGUGUGCGUGCCCAACCGUCGGUAUAUAAUUCCGGCAGAGAGGGAAGUAUAGUGGGGAUAGGGUAUUCCCCGGACCUGGCAACACGUGGCAAGGAGAUGUUUGGCACCACGCUACUCCAUUGGCACCGAGGCACCUCAUGAACACUUUCAUUUAGAAACUCUUAGCUGUCCCCCCGUUCUCUAUGGUAUCAAGUCGCUACCAGUGACUGUAUAUUUUGGUACCAUGUGCUUUGUUUAUCGCGCCACUGUGACAGGGUCAUUGCAGUACUGUUCGUAGCGGUUUGCCCUCGAGGCCGAGGAAUGUAGAUGGAGCAAAUUUGCAGGAAGGAUCCUAGAUUUGUGCAAUAUUAUAGCUACUUUAGUGUCCAGCUUUGCG